AUGGGGAAGAUCACCUUCUACGAGGACCGAGCCUUCAGGGGUCGCUGCCACCAGCGCAGCAGCGACCACUCCAACCUGCAGGCCUACUUCAGCCACUGUAACUCCAUCCGUGUGGAGAGUGGGAGUUGGAUGGUCUAUGAACGGCCCAACUACUUGGGCGGCCAAUACUACCUACGCCCUGGAGACUACCCCGACUACCAGCACUGGAUGGGUCUCAGUGAUGCCGUCCGGUCCUGCUGCCUCAUCCCCUCUCAUCUUUCACCCCUCCCCAUGGGCCAACAGUCCAGCACCCACAGGAUCCGGCUGUAUGAGAGAGAGGACCAGAAGGGCCAGAUGGUGGAGCUGAGUGAUGACUGCCCCUCUCUGUAUGAUUGCUUCCAGCUGAGCGAGAUCCCCUCCAUCAGCGUGCUGGAGGGCUGCUGGAUCCUGUAUGAGAUGGCCAACUUCUGGGGCAGGCAAUUUCUGCUGCGGCCUGGCCAGUAUGGCCACUUCCUAGACUGGGGGGCUGCCCAUGCCAGGGCUGGGUCUCUGAGACGUGUCCUCGACCUGCAUUGA